GCUCUUACUAAACGCUUCAAACGUUAACUUAGAGAGAGAGAGACGAGAAAAAAAAGAAGGAAAAAUCUGUGGGAGAAGGAAAAGAUAGAAGAAAUGGAGAAGAAGGUACCGAGAAGAUUGGAAGGAAAGGUAGCGAUUGUGACGGCGUCGACGCAAGGGAUUGGCUUCGGUAUCAUCGAGCGUCUCGGCCUCGAAGGCGCUUCCGUCGUCGUCUCUUCCCGCAAGCAGGCAAAUGUUGACGAAGCAGUAGAAAAACUCAAAUCACAAGGGAUUGAUGCAUACGGAAUCGUCUGUCAUGUUUCCAAUGCUCAACAGCGCCGGAAUCUUGUCGAAAAGACUGUUCAGGAUGUGGCUCCUCACCUAGAGAAGGGUUCUUCGGUUAUCUUCAUAACUUCCAUUGCUGGAUUUCAACCACAAGGAUCCAUGGCUAUGUAUGGAGUCACUAAAACUGCUCUUCUCGGACUAACUAAGGCACUUGCUGCUGAGAUGAGCCCGGACACACGUGUGAACGCGGUUGCUCCCGGUUUUGUGCCCACACACUUUGCUUCUUUCAUCACCGGAAACUCCCAAGUGAGGGAAAGCAUCGAAGAGAAGACUCUGCUUAACAGGCUUGGAACAACGGGAGACAUGGCUGCUGCGGCGGCUUUCUUAGCAUCAGAUGAUUCUUCUUACAUCACCGGAGAAACUUUGGUCGUCGCCGGAGGAAUGCCCUCAAGGCUCUAAACCAAAAUUUCCCACCAAAUAAUAGCACUACGAGGGAAACAAAAAAAAAGUUUUCAACGAAAUAAAAUUUCAAGAAAGAAAGUAGUAAUAAACUCAAGAGGGCCAUUGAAUGUUGGUCUUCUAAAAGAUAAUUUUUCUUCAUUAGAAAAACUCGUUUGGUAUACUAUGUCAACUACAACAUUUUGUUUACGAUAGUUUACUAAAACAAUAAGCAAAUAAUUGUAUUUUCUUCAGAUGACGAUAUCGUUAUUACUUUCAUACAAAAGAUAGGAUAACAUAUAUAGCAC